AUGCCUAAUGAUUAUAUUACCCGUACUGUCCACUCGCUGAGCCACGCCGAAACGUUCAGUGAAGCUCUCAAGGCCAUCAACGAAGGUGUGACCAGAGCCUUACCCUCCAAGCGCCAAUACAAACAAGGAAUUGUACUAAGCCUUCGAUGGGAGAACGACAACUUAGACCGGAAGGAUAUUGACGAGCUUCUACGACUUUUCAACACGAAAUACGGCAUCAAAACAGAUUCCUUCUUGCUCCCAUCUGCGCCCAUAGCGGAGGUAGCUUUGGCUAUUCAGGCGAAAAUUCGAACGAUGCUCUCUAUCUAUGACUCCCCGGACACACUCUUCGUCUUUGUAUAUGAAGGCCAUUCGAAUGCGUACUACGACAUACCAAAUGCCUGUGUCAGUAUCAUGGGCUCGAUGAGGGAGCCUACGGUUUCUCUACCUUGGGGUUUCGUGGAGACCGCGCUGGCCUUUACUGAUGGAGAUGUCGUCUUCAUACUGGACUCGCCGUUUCCAUCUAGGGCGGCGAUGAUUUGUGAAGAUAUUGAAUACCUCGCGGUCUCGGCAUUCGGGUCACCAGCAGCCAGAAGCAUCAAUGUAUCCCUGAAAAGGCGACUCAUUGAUCUACUGGGUCAAGUAGACGCCGAAAUCACUAUAUCACAAAUACACGCCAAGCUUGCCGCGCAUGCAAACAGUCCAGGCAGCCAACUGGGACUUAUACCAGUACAUUUCCCGGCCAAGAACAAGCCAUCCAUCACCCUUCGCCCUAUAGGAGCGUGCCCAAGGCAGCGUAGAGGUCCCCGGAAAGCAGGUGACUUGUCAGAUGGCAAGGUUUUCGUUACUGUUCGGAUAGUCUCAGACACGACCAGUGUGCCGGAUAUCGUUGAGCAAUGCAUCCAGUGCCUGUCAAAAUCGAUUGCGGGGGAUGUGGCAGAUAUCAAGAUUGAGGGUAUCUUCAAGUUCAGUCCGGACUCAUCCUUGUUGCUGUUUACAAUGCCAACUGCGGUUUGGAACAUGCUUCGUCAUGAUCACUCCUUUGACUUCGUCAGUGUUGUCCAGUCAUAUAAUCUACUAUGUCAUCGGUCGACUGCUACUACUACUCACCCCCUGGCUCUUGCCAGUGGGAAUGCUGAUUUACCCUAUGGGGGCAAAGGCUGA